AUGCCGCUCUCGAGGAGCUGUGCCGGGCGUCCGAUCUGGGACGGUAUCGACUGGGAUGUGUGCUUCCAGCAGCAGGUGCUCAACUCGUCCCUGCCUGUGGCACUCGUACUGCUCUCCUUUCUGGUCCUAGUCCUCCAUCAGCUGCGUAGACGCCGUGCGCUCACCGCCUCUGCAGAACAUGUCGCAACUCUCGACCCAGCAGCCUCUUCCUUCUCCGCCGUUCUGCACGCCCAGUCUGCGCAGCAGCCAUCUGCCCACCUCCAUGCCACCCCUCUUCGCUCCACUUUUCGCAGCAUCCUUGCUCUACCCCGUCGCUUGUUGAGUGCCAUCUUGCCCUGGAACUCAUCUCGCAUCAUCCGCAGCAACAGCGUCUCGUCUGCCUACUCGUCUACGCUCCCCUUCGGAUCCUCCAACGGUGCUUCCAAAGCUCGUUCCGCCGCCGCCGCCUCCCAGGCCGCGCUCGAAGUCUUUCACACCGAAAACGCCGUCAUCCUCAACGAGGUCCACCUCACUCCGCCCACCGCUCGCGAUCCUAAGGCCAUACAACAGCUUCGUCGUCUCGAGGUGCUGCGUCGCGUCAUCGAUGUCUUGGGCUCUGUCCUGCUCGCCGCUCUCCAUGCUGGCGACUGGGCUACUGGUUGGCAUUCUAGAAGCUACCAGAUCUACUGGGUCAUUCUGUGGCUUUACCUCGCCUCGCUCUCCGCCUACUCGCUCGCCUCCACGCAUUCCUUCUUCUCCCACAAGGCCGCGCUUAUGUCUGUAUACGUAGCCGUUACCCUCUUCAACCUGCGUACAGCGCUCCUCAACAAUCAUGCCCACCCCAAGCUUCACACUCGCGGCGCCGUCGUGCUCACCGCUAUCGAGCUGUCCAUCGGCUGCAUCGUUCUGGCGCCCACGCUUCUCUUCCCAAUGCAGACCGUCCUGCCUCGCGAUUUGCGAGCCAUCUACACCACCAUGUCCCCAGAGACGCAGCACGGAGUGCCAGGUACCGCUUUUCCUUCGCCGCGCCUCGUCAGCGCCGACCUGCCCUCGCAGCCACGCCCCGGCACUUCCCACAUCGAAGCACCCGUUGCCGAUCUCAUUCCUGCUCCCGAAGAGACCGCCUCGCUUCUGUCCCGGGCCACCUUUGGCUACGUUACCCCCGCCAUUGUUAAGCACUAUAGGACCCAGUUCACGCUCGCUGCCAUUCCGGAUCUGCCAGUGGCCGACAAGGCUGCGGCCGUGGUCGCGUGUUUCCGUGCCUACACCUCCGCUCGGUCCGACGACCAUCGACGUUCGUCCCCUUCUUCGCGCACCUCGCCCAAGAAUGGCCUGCACUCCGGUCUUGCUCCUUCCACCCGGCCGCUUUGGCAACGUCUCUUUGGCCACUUCAAGUGGUUCCUUGCUCUGCAAUUCUUCUGGGCAGCCCUCGAGGCCGGUCUCGAUCUCCUUCCGCCCUUUUUCCUCCAAAAGAUCCUCGCCUUUAUUGCGGCUAGGGACGAGCAGCGCCGCAACGGCAACUUCGAGGAUGCACAGCCUCUUCACCUCGGCAUCCUCUACGCCUUCGGCAUGUUUGUCGGUCAGGUCUUUGCCUCCAUCUCGGCCUCGCGUGCCCUCUUCCUUGGCAGGCGCAUCUGCAUCCGUCUGCGUGCCAUCCUGAUCACAGAGAUCGUCACCAAGACGCUUCGACGCAAGGAUAUUGGUAGCACAGGCGACAACGACGAGCCCGUCAAGGAUGCAGACGACCAAUCGGACGCGGACGACUCGACUACCCCAGCAAAAAAUGCAAACACCAAGGACACUGACGCUGCAAAGCCAGAUGCGAGCCCCAAGCGCGCUUCCGACGGCCAGGUCGUUAACCUCAUCUCGGUCGACGUCUUCAAAGUAUCGGAGCUCUGCGCCUACCUGCACUUCCUCGCACCGCGUGCACCCUUGGUCAUCGGUCUCUGCCUCAUCUACCUCAUCGUCCUCCUUGGCUGGUCCGCCGUCAUCGGCUUCCUCGUCCUGCUAGCUUCGCUGCCCAUCCAGACGCUCGUCUCGCGCUGGUUCGUCAAGCUGCAGAAGCGCCUGCUCGAGACCACCGACAGGCGUCUCAACUUGGCCACCGAGGUGCUAGGUUGCAUCAAGACGGUCAAGUUCUUUGCCUGGGAGCGCUCCUUCAAUGCGCGCAUGGACGAGGCUCGUCAGCGCGAGCUUCAAGUCCUCGCCACCCGCUACCUCGCCUGGCUCUGCAACACGUUCACCUACAUGGGCACGCCCAUGCUCGUCACUUGUGCUACGUUUGGCGCUCAUACCAAGAUUUUCCACCAGCCUCUCACUGCCGAAAAGGCGUUCACCGCUCUGGCGCUGUUCAACACGCUGCGCAACCCGCUCGACGCGCUUCCAGACAUGAUUGUGCAGAUUCUCAACUCGCUCGUAUCGGUGCGACGUAUCGAUAGCUAUCUGCGCGAGGAGGAGACCCGAAAGUACCAGCAGCUGCUGCGCGACGAAGAAUCUAGCGAUUGGGGUGACGCCGACGGCAGCAGCACCGAAGACGCCACUGCCGCUGCCGAUGACGGAGGCCCACGUACAGGCUCUGUGCCGCCGCGUUCGAGCCGCUUGAUCGGAUUCGAGGAUGCUAGCUUCACCUAUGUUGACGAUGACGCCGAAGUGGACGAAGGCGCUUUCUGCCUUCGCGACGUCAACCUGCGCUUCCCCGUCGGCAAGCUGAGCAUCGUCGCCGGUCCCGUCGGUUCCGGAAAGACCACUCUCCUCUUGUCGCUGCUCGGCGAGACUCGCCAGCUCAGUGGACGCACGUUCAUGCCUUGCCCUGUCGCCCGCGCCACUGCACCGAUCGACCCAGCCACUGGAUUGAGUGAGUCGGUCGCCUACUGCAGUCAGAGCCCGUGGUUGCUCGGCACGACCCUUAAGGAAAACGUGCUGUUUGGCUCUCCCUACGACGAGCGUCGCUACCGUGCCGUCGUCAAGGCGUGCGCUUUAGAGCCUGAUCUCAAAAUCCUCGAGUACGGCGACGAGACCGAGGUGGGUGAAAAGGGCACCUCGUUGUCCGGUGGCCAAAAGGCCCGAAUCGCGCUGGCACGAGCGCUCUAUUCGUCGGCCAAGCAUGUCCUCAUCGAUGAUGCACUCUCGGCCGUCGACAGCCACACGGCCAAGCACCUCUACCGCCAUGCACUCAAGGGCGCGCUCGCCAGGAACCGAACCAUCAUCCUCGUCACGCAUGCCAUCAGCCUAUGCCUCCCGGGUGCCGCCUUCGCUGUGGCCAUGGACAAUGGCAGCGUCGUCGUGGCAGGCACGCCGGACGUCGUCAACGCCUCCGGCGUGUUUUCGGAAGAGGGUGAGGCUCUCCAGUCCAGUCUCAAGGCUGGACGAACAGGCGAGCAGGACAGUGAAGAAAUGACAAUCGAGGAAUUGGCCGCCGGUGGUAGCGACGAAGCCGAGCGCGAGGAAAUGGCCAAAAAGCUCGAAAAGAAAAAGGCUCAUACCAACGAGGAGACCUACAGCUCCGGUGCCGUUGGAACAAAGAACUACGGCCUCUACUUGGGCUCGGUCGCCAGCAAGGCACGAUAUGCAGUGCUGCUCUGGGGCUCACUUCUGAUCUUUUUCUUCGCCGUGCGCCUGCUCGAUAUCGGCUCGGGCGCCUGGCUGAUGCGAUGGGCAAAGUCGCACGACUACCGUGAAGAGGCAGCAGACAUUCGCGUUGCUGCUUCUGCGGUUUCGUACCAGCGUACACCUCGCUUCACCUAUGAGCAGGUGCAGUCCUUUAUGACGACUCCUCUCAUCGACUCGAUCUGGACCCACCGUCCGUCUUUGCUCGGUGGGCUGCGCUUGGAGGACAUUCUGCACCGCUUGCCGGAUCCAUUUGCCGCGACCCACCGUGCUCAGGAUGUCAUGCAGAAUGGAUCCGCGCACGCGCUGUCGAGCCAUAACUAUUACUCUGCCGCCGACGCUUUCAACGGACAGCAGGUGCUCUCGUUGGCGUCAAACGCUCCACUCGGCCAGGAUGGACGCGGCAGUAGCAGCAGUGCAGAUCUGGACACGUACUAUUUGAGCAUCUACCUGGCGAUCUCGCUUGGAUUCAUGACGAUGGCGGUGUUACGCGACGGCUACGAAUUCUUCAUCUCGCUCCGCGCUUCGCGCCGCAUCUAUCGACGACUGACGGACGCCAUCCUGAACGCCAAGCCGCAAUUCUUUGAUCGAACACCCGUGGGCCGCAUCAUGAACCGACUCUCGAAGGACGUUGAGACGGUGGAUCAGGAGAUGGCCGUGUGUAUGCUCUUCCUGCUCGAGUGCACGCUCACCGCAACUGCCAUCUUGACGCUGAUCUGUUGGGCCACUCCGAUCUUCCUCCUGGUUGCGCUGAUCGUGAUCUGCGUCUACACGGUGAUCGGUGCCCUGUACCUGGUUAGCUCGCGCGAUCUCAAGCGCAUCGAGUCGGUGGAACGCUCGCCGAUCUACACGGUGGUGGGUGAGGUGCUCAAUGGUUGCGUCGUCAUUCGCGCGUAUGGCGAUGCUGGACGCUUCACGCGACACUGCCUGCGCCUGGUGGACAAGGCGAACCGCGCGUUCUUUUUCCUGUGGUACGAGAACCGGUGGCUGUCGGUACGUGUCGACAUUGCCGGAGCGUCGGUGGCGUUCCUGUCUGCCGUGUUCCUGCUGCUGCGAACCGACAUCCAGGCGAGUCUGGCCGGGUUUGUGCUGGCGUAUGCCAUCACGUUUGUCGAAUCGGUGCUGUGGAUCGUGCGCAUGUACACGCAGACCGAGAUCAACAUGAACAGCGUCGAGCGCAUCAGCGAGUAUCUUGACCUCGAGCCGGAGCGCCAGUCGGGAGACGAGCCUCCCGCAUACUGGCCGAGCAGCGAGGGCAAGAUCGUGAUCAAGAACCUGGCAGUGCGAUACACGCCCGAGUUCCCCCGGGUGCUGGACGGCAUCAACCUCGAGUUUGCACCACGGGAGAAGGUCGGAAUCGUGGGACGCACGGGAUCGGGCAAGUCGACGCUUGCCCUGUGCUUCUUCCGCUUCCUCGAGGCGGAGCAAGGGUCGAUUGAGAUUGACGGCAUCGACAUCGCCUCAAUCCCCAUCCGCACGCUGCGAGAGAGGCUGACAGUGAUCCCGCAGGAUGCGCAGCUGUUCAGCGGUACGGUGCGAUCCAACUUGGACCCUUUCAACGUGUACGAAGACGGAGAGCUGUGGAUGGCGCUCGAGCGGUGUCGUUUGGCGUCGUUUGCGACGCCAGCCGCGUCGCGCGCCGUUAGUCGUGCCCCGAGCCGUCCUAGCUCGCCCGAGCCCGAGGGACGGGAUGUGAGUCAGCUGGACGAAGAAGUGGUCGCGGACGCCGAAAUGUACGGGCGCACGAACAUCAUCACGUCGCUGGACGCGCCGGUGGAGCAAGGAGGACGCAACUUUUCGGCGGGGCAGAAGCAGCUUCUGGCGCUGGCACGUGGACUACUCAAGCUGCGCGACAGUCGCAUCCUGGUUCUGGACGAAAGCACAGCCAACCUGGACUCGGCCUCGGACGCGCAGAUCCAAAAGACGAUCCGACAAGAGAUGGCGCCGCAAGCGACCAUCAUCACGAUUGCGCACAGGAUCAAAACGAUUGCAGACUACGACAAGAUUGUGGUGCUGGGCAAAGGCAAGGUGGUCGAGUGCGGAACGCCGUUGUCGCUGAUGGAGGACGAGAGGAGCGUGUUCCACUCGAUGUGCGAGCAGAGCGGUGAAAUGGGAGAAUUGCUUCGCAUCGCCAGGGAGGCCGACGCGCAACGGACGUCGUCGUCAUCGCAACAGCAGCAGCAGCAGCAGGCGUCGAUGUCGAGCAGCGCUACAGGCGCCAGCAAUAGCUCUUCGACAGCGGCCUCGUCCAAAUGA